AUGGAGGGAUUGGGACCAACCCUAAAACCUCCCUCUUCAAUAGCACCUCAGAGUAUUCGUCCGAUUCAACGAGGUGCGCAACCGAUCUCUGAAUCGACAUAUCAGUCUACCGCGCCAGCACCAGCCUUGUGCAGAUGGCGUCCACGAUACCACCUCCAAGCAAGCCAUGGCUGGAUGAACGAUCCCUGCGCCCCAGGCUACGACCCAGCGACAGGACUAUAUCAUCUGUUCUUCCAGUGGAAUCUUCGUCGAAAUGAGUCAGGGUCUGUUGUUUGGGGAUCGAUCUGCUGGGGUCAUGCUACCUCAGCGGAUAUGGUGAGCUGGAAGGUGUCUCAAACGCCAAUCAUCGAACCCGGCCUUACUUCAAAUGAGUGGUACGACACAAAAGGGUGCUUUACAGGUUGCUUGGCACCUACCGGCUUCGACGGCCCGUCUCGAGCUGGACAAUUGACGCUAUUAUACACUGGGGUCAGUCGAUUGCCGCUGCACUACACUCUGCCGUAUAUUAGACAAACGGAGACCCUAGCCGCUGCUCAAUCAUUAGACGGUGGUGUGACAUGGACGAAGUUCACGCAGAAUCCAAUCUUAGCAGAGCCACCAGCGAACUUCGAAGUGACGGGCUGGCGCGACCCAUUUGUUGCAACCUGGCCUUCGAUGGCGAAGCUUCUCGGUCACGCCAAAAGCCAAUUAUAUGGGAUGAUCUCCGGAGGAAUUAGAGACUGCUCACCGACGGCCUUUCUCUACAGAGUCAACCCAUCAAACCUCGCAGAGUGGAAGUUCCUCAGUCCUCUGUUUGAUGUUGGACUGAAUCAUUCCCUCUCCUGUUGGAGUGGCGACACAGGUAUCAACUGGGAAUGCGCAUGUUUCAUGACUCUCCAGAAUAAGCAAGACAAUGAGAGCAGAGACUUCAUCAUCGUCGGCUGCGAGGGGUCAAAGGCGAAUCCCGCUCACAGUGAAGACAUAUCUUUCACACAACCUCCGCGAGAACCAGCAAAACCUUCCCGUUCAGCAAGGUCUCUGCAGUGGAUGUGUGGAGCCCUGCAAACUACGAACGCUACAGUCUCUCAUAAUGGCACCCAAUCAGAACUUCCAAAAAUGAACUACCAAUUCGGAGGCCGCUUCGAUUACGGACUGCUCUAUGCCGCUAUAACUUUCCGUGACCCCCUUAGCAACAAACAAAUUGUAUGGGGCUGGGUUACCGAGGAGGACUUGCCGCAGCGAUUGGUUGAUAGACAGGGUUGGAGCGGGAUGAUAUCUUUGCCGAGGGAGGUUGCUCUCCUCACUCUAGAGGGCGUGACCGGUACUUUGAGAAGCAACUUGCAAGAUAUUACAUCGAUAGAGGUUGAGCCAGGAGACAGCGAGCAAGAAACAUUCAAGAUCCACACACUGGGCAUCUCUCCCGCUCCAUGCCUCAAAUCGCUCCGCCACAGCGCCAGGUUGGCCAGGCCUGUUCGCGGCUCUCAGAACCUCACUUCUGAAGGCGACACGUUCAUGGACAUCCAAACACACCGUUUCGAACUCAUUUCCAUCUUCUCCCUCUCCCGCACGUGCCAGAGUAUCGGGCUGAGCAUAUUCCACAGCGCCGGCGCACAACGGACCCAACAGGACAACAUACCCCCACUAUUAAGCUCAGCUGCUGCCACGACGACGAUCUCAUUCAUCCCCAAUGAGGAGACCAUCCGAAUUUAUCGACCCAGGAUUGAUCCCGCAUACGUGGUCGACGGCGAGACGAUCAACACCGCCCCGGAAACCGCGCCAUUUACUUUAUUCACCGUCCUCUCAGCCGAUAAUGACGAUGUUGAGCAUAUGGGGACUCGAACACGAACAGACAUGAAGUCAGAGGUUGAGGACUUGAGACUCCACGUGUUUUUUGAUCAGUCGGUUCUCGAAGUCUUUGUCAACGAGCGGUGCGUGAUCACGACGAGGGUUUAUCCGCCUAGGGAUAGAUGCUGGGGAGUAAGGUUCUGGGCAGAGGACGAGGAUGAGGGCGAAGAAGAAUGCGAGGUUGAAAGCAAGGAUAGUGAUGAUAGAAAAGGUGAUCUGGAAGAGGAAGAGAGCAAGGAAAGCAGCACGAUCCGAGAGCGGCGGCGCCAGGGGGUGGAAAGAAGCACAGAUCUCCAAGGUGAAGAUUGGAAGUUUCACAGAAGGUUUAUGAGGAGUUUGUCAUCAAAGUCUAGGCUCUUGCACGCGAUGGCGUGGGAUGGCUUGCGGGCGGAUCUCAGAGCCAGAGCCAGGGACACCUCUUCUUAA